AUGAUCGAGCGCAACAAACCAAAAGAGUGUCUCACCAACCCCGAGCUCGCCAAAGACCUGCCGGAGCUCUGCAAAGCCCAGCUCGCCACGUUUCUCGAGUGCAAGCGCGGUAUCGUCGACAUGCGAAAGCGGAUCCGCGGAAACGGUACACUGAGUACGGGAAAAUACGACGAACAAUAUGAAAAACUCUCUACUGGCGACUUCAAUCCCCUGGAGGAGAUGCACAAGCUGGACCAACUCAACUCGAGUCAGAAACAGUGA